CGUACACUGUAAUCAAAAGUCACGACUGAAGCCGGUCUUUAUCUUCAGCAGUCGUGUCGCAGGUGCUCACUGCCAGGCAAGGAGAUCUUUGGCAGAUCUUUGCGAGAGCGUGAGCGCGUCGUGGGUCGUGAAUCAAGCUUCGACUUCCUCUCACUCGGCGCUUCAUCCAACCCACGAACACCCCUUCCUUCCCUUGUGGCUCGCUCUACGCUCGACUCAUUCCAACAAACAGCGCGCGGCUAGACAUGUCUGCGCCAAACGCGAAUCCGCCUCGUAGCCUGGAUGCGCUGGGUUCGACAGAUGGCCAUCCAGAGAAGCGCGACCUUUCCGCUCCUUCGUCGGCCUCAGCCUCUUCCUCGCCGGCCAAAGAAGGUCAAGAUGGAUCUAAGGACGUAGCUAGAGUGCCAAUGACCACGGCGCGCUUCGCCGCUUCCAUGACAGCAAUUCUUCUCGCCGAGAGCGUCAAUGCGAUAGACAGCAAUGCCAUCGGCGUCGCAUCGCCGGUCAUUGCCGAGGCCAUCGGCGCCUCGUACGACAACAUCGCAUGGCUUCAGAGCACCUACCUCCUGGCCACUGUGGCACUCAUGCUCACAUGGGGACGCAUGUAUGCUACCUUUGACUCAAAGUGGGUCAUCAUCGUCGCCCUCCUCUUCUUUCUGAUCGGCUCUGCGCUGUGUGGCGCUGCUACGAGCCUAGGCAUGUUCCUUGCCGGUCGCACUUUGGCAGGCGUCGGCGGAUCCGGAAGCUUUGUGGGCAUUUGGAGCAUCAUCGCCAUCAUCUCUCCUCCAAGCAAACGACCUACCUGGAUCAGCCUCAGCAAUGCUACCUGGGCAGUGUGGAUGAAAGCAGCUCCCCUGGUCGGCGCAGGUCUCGUCCAGAACGUGACUUGGCGCUGGAUCUUCUAUCUUGCGCUACCAGUCGGCGGUUUCGCCUUGAUCGUGCUGCUGCUCGCGCUGCCAGCUUUGCCACCCGUAGCGGUACCUGACGAUGACUCGAUGCCUGGCAAGUCCCGCGGCCUACUUGGCACGCUCGCUGCGUUGGACUUUCCUGGAACAGUGCUCUCGUGUGGCGGCGCGAUUGCGCUGGUGUAUCCCCUUCUCGUUGGUGGGCAGCCUAACAGUCCCUGGACAAGUGGGCGCGUGCUCGGGCCUCUCCUCGCCUCGCCCUUCAUUUACGCGCUCUUUGCUGCAUCCCAAUUUCGCCCCACACUCAAAAAGAGCCAUCGGACUGUGCCAGUGCACGUCUUUGCGCGCGACCGGACCGUCGGCUUGUUGGUAAUCAUCACUCUGAUGGGCGGCGUAGUCGGCAUUACGCCCUCGUACUUUCUUCCCAUCUUUUACGAAAUCGUUGAAGGUCGAAGCGUCGUUCGAUCAGCCGUCAUGAUUCUGCCAUUCAUCGUUUUUGGCACCGUCUCUAUCGGCAUCAGCGGAGGGGUAGCAGAGAAAACUGGCAUCUGGUCGCCUCUCCUGAUCAUCGGAGCGAUAAUCUGCGCUAUUGGUGGCGGUCUGCUCUCUACUACUUCGGCAACUACGGCCGAUGGAGCCUUCUUCGCCUGGCAGAUUAUUCUCGGUCUCGGCUCUGGCUCCCUGGCCAACCUAGCACCCAUCGUCAUGCAGCAUCUCGUUGAUCCCGACGAGAUUGCUCAAGCGAGCAGCUUGGUUGCGCUCGCGAUGAAUUUUGGUGCGCUCAUCGGCAUUGCUGUGGGUGGCGCGCUGCUCAACGACCAGAUUGGCAAAUUCGUCACCGAUGAGGUACCAAGACUUGCCAACAUGCUCGGAUCGUCAGGUCAAGGUUCCAGCCUUGCAGAUUGCUUGAGAUCUGCGAGUGGACCCGAAGCGCUGCUCAGGUGCACUCGACAGCAAGGUCUUCCUGGCAACAUCAUUCAAAACUUUUCGCAGACGCUUCAAGGCUACCUCCAGCAAGGCUUCUACCGCAUCUGGAUCUCCUUUGUCGCAGCGGCAGGCAUCGCCUUUUUUGCCUCUCUCAUGGUGCGCCACUUUCGCCUUCCUGUAGCCGAGAAGGGCGUCAAAGCUAGCUCGGAAUCGAAGCCUGAGGUGACGCUCAGCGCCUGAGUCUGCAAUUCCAAACCCCCGCGCUGUGCCUGUCACACCAACGUCAGACUUUUCACUUCAAGUCGACCCGC